AUGUCGGAGGAACUUACAGUUGGGUUUCGCUUCUAUCCGACGGAAGAUGAACUGAUUACGUUCUACCUACGAAACCAGCUCGAAGGAAGGAUCGAUGAAUCAAUGCACCUUGUUAUUCCCGUUUUAGACGUCUUUGAGAUCGAGCCUUGUCAUCUUCCAAAUGUUGCAGGAGAGAGAUGUCGAGGAGACGCUGAACAAUGGUUCUUCUUUGUACCAAGACAAGAACGCGAAGCAAGAGGAGGUAGACCGAGCAGAACCACAGAUUCAGGAUAUUGGAAAGCGACUGGUUCACCUGGUCCAGUGUUUUCUGAAGAUAACCGAAUGAUUGGAGUCAAGAAAACUAUGGUUUUCUACAUUGGUAAAGCACCUACGGGAAGAAAAACAAAGUGGAAGAUGAACGAGUACAAAUCCGUUGACGAAACAGUCAACGUCUCCACGAUCCCUAAGUUGAGACAUGAAUUCAGUUUAUGUCGUGUCUACGUAACAUCAGGAAGCUCGAGGGCUUUCGAUAGACGUCCUAUAGGAAAUUUUCAGAGAGAGAGAUUAAUGCUUACAAGUGAUGUUGCAGCAGCUGAAACAUCAUCGUUUCGUGUAGAAAGCUCACCGGAAACUUCGAUAUCAGGAGGAGAACAUGUCGAUCUCUUUCUGGAUACAGAGAUGGUUGAUGGUUUAACAGAACCAAUCUGGGAAUGGGAACAGCUGAACUGGUCUUGA